UUCCAAUUCUUAUCUUCAAAUAUUCACAUGGUGCAUAGAUUAAUACUGCAUUUAAAGUUUGAGAUACAUAAAUAAUUUGAGUAAUACAGUAUGUUACAAAUUUUGUUGGUAGUAAAUAUCAUUAAAAUACUUUAUCUUUUUUUUUUAAAGAAAAAUGUAAAAAUGCUAAACGGCUCGUAAUUGGCAUGACUGGUACAUUGGAUAGUAACCCAAUUGAAAACGAAAUAGGGCCGGCAAAAUGGUGCAUGGAUAGAAAAAUUGAAUGCUCUUCGAGGCAAAUAAAUAAUCACAGAGUCCGAAGAGACAUAAUUCCAAAACCAAACAUUUAACGGUAGUCUCUUAAAUAUAUACAUGUGUCUAUAUAUCGUCAAUGUGUGAAAAUUGAAACAAAAUAUUAAGAUGAAAUGAAAACCAAAAGGUUAAGACAAUACAGCAAUAAGCAAAGGAUACUUCUGGUCGGAGAAGGAGACUUCUCCUUUUCUCUAUCUUUAGCUAGAGCCUUUGGUUCUGCAACAAAUCUCACUGCGACCUCUCUCGAUACUCGAGGUAAUCAACUCAUAUUACUUUGUAUAUAUUUAUUAAGGAACCAUAUAUAUAUGUCAUAUGAUUUUGGUAAUAAAUAUUUGUAACAAAAAUAUUGCAGAGGAAAUAGAGCUUAACUAUGCGAAUGGGAAAGCUAACAUAGAAGAAUUGACGAAACUCGGCUGCACCGUGAUCCAUGGAUUUAACGUGCACUCCAUGAGGCUUGCUCCAAGAUCAGAGCGUUAUGAUAGAAUAAUCUUUAAUUUUCCUCAUUCGGGGUUUGGUUUUGGCAGUGAGCACCAUAGAUACUACAUCAUGUUACACCAAGAACUUGUGAGAGGGUUUUUGAAGAGCUCAAAGAAGAUGGUGAAAGACAAAGAUGGAGAGAUUCACAUUACUCACAAGACGGCUCAUCCAUUUAGCGAGUGGAAGAUAGAGACUCUGGCUGAAGAAAAUGGUUUGUUUUUGACUCAAGAGGUGGAAUUUAACAAAUGGUAUUUUCCUGGUUACUCAAAUAAGAAAGGAUCUAGACCUCGCUGUAACUCUAGCUUCCCUGUCGGAAAAUCUUCUACUUUCAUUUUUAAGAAACGAUUAGUUAGAUAAUUACAAGGUCCUUUGCAUGACCGUCUAAAAACUCUUCUUCUCAACAUAUUUGAUUUUA